AUUAAAUUCUGUUUUUCCUUUCGUUCAAAGUACCAGGCUGUUUAAAGGGGGUUCAAUUUAUUUAGGAUAAUGAUUUGAUUACUGACUAGAAAAAUAAUUCAGAAGUAAUGCAAGCAUUUCCUAUUAAAUGUGUUGUUGUUGGAGAUGGGAACGUUGGGAAAACAUGUCUUCUAAUGAGUUAUACACAGGAUGCGUUUCCGGGGGAAUACAUACCCACAGUCUUUGAUCAUUACCAAGCUAAUGUAAUGGUAGAUGGACGAGUAUGUUCACUGACGCUAUGGGAUACAGCGGGACAAGAAGAUUAUGAUAGACUCAGACCUCUGUCCUAUCCUCUCACUGAUGUAUUUCUCUUGUGUUUCUCUUUAGUGAGGCGAGACAGUUUUUCAAAUAUAUUACAAAAGUGGUAUCCAGAGAUCAAACACCAUUGCCCCGAGCCUCCUGUCGUAUUAGUAGGAACAAAAGAAGACCUGAGAGAGCAGGGUGGACAAGACAAUGGAUAUAAAGGCUAUGUGACAACAUCUGAGGGAGCUAGUUUAGCCAAGCAAAUUGAUGCAUUUAAAUAUUUAGAAUGUUCAGCAAAGACUCAGAAAGGUGUAAAAUUUGUUUUUGAUGAAGCUAUUAAAGCAGUUUUCAACCCAAAGAAACCGAAAAAGAAAGGAAAGAAGAGAUGUCUGUUGUUAAAAAUGCAGGCUAUAAAAUGUGUGGUAGUCGGGGACGGAGCCGUGGGAAAGACAUGUCUUCUUAUAAGUUACACAACAAACGCUUUCCCGGGAGAAUAUAUUCCUACAGUAUUUGACAACUAUUCUGCUAAUGUUAUGGUUGAUGGUAAACCUAUCAAUCUUGGACUCUGGGAUACAGCCGGCCAGGAGGACUAUGACAGACUCAGACCCCUGUCCUACCCACAAACCGAUGUCUUCCUUAUUUGCUUUUCACUGAUUAGCCCGGCAAGUUUCGAAAAUGUACGGGCGAAGUGGUAUCCCGAGGUAAACCAUCAUUGUCCCGACACGCCCAUCAUACUAGUUGGUACCAAGCUCGAUCUGAGGGAUGAUAAAGAUACUGUAGAAAAAUUACGAGACAAGAAACUAGCACCAUUGACUUACCCACAGGGUCUCGCAUUGGCUAAAGAAAUAAAUGCUGUGAAAUACCUGGAAUGUUCAGCGUUAACACAGAAAGGGCUAAAGACUGUUUUCGACGAAGCCAUACGAGCGGUUCUUUGUCCACGACAGAAAAAGAAACCAAAGGGAAGCGGAUGUCUACUAAUAUAAACGUUUAAAGAAUGUAUACAUGCUAUUAAAAAGUACCACUAAAAAUCAUCCAUGUUUAAAGUGUUAAAAUGUAACGUAAACUACGAAUAUGUCUCGAUAAGAACAUGUAAUAACUUUAUUCCAUGUCCACCGUAACAAAAUCUUAACGUGGUGUAUCGUUCCACUGCAUUGCAACCAUUGAAUAUUUCAAAGUUUUCAUUAUAAACGCUUUUAGUCGAUUGUGCGACAUUGUGAGUUUACCAGAGCAAAAUAUUUGAAGUUCGUGUAUUAACACAAUUAAUUAUGCUGCAACAUAAACAAUAUAUUACCCUAAUGCGAAGAAAAUAGAUGUUACUCGACAAAUGUGGGUUUUCCCGUCUUAUCCCGUGACACAAAUGAUCAGUUACCCCUAUAUAGCUACACGGUGCAGAGUGACUUAUCAUCGAUAUAUUUAUGUACCAAGUUGUUAUAGUAAAAGUUUGUUUUGUUUCCCGGGAUAAGAUUGGGGAAACACAGCAUUUGUCGACUUCCGGAGUAUCUAUAUAAAAAAAAUCUUGAUAUAAACAAUUGUGUAUUAUAUUCAUAGUCACUUUAAAUACAAAUCUAACAACUUGUCGUUGUGACUUAGCGGACGGAAUAUUUAUUAGUCUACAACGGGAUAUUACAAAAACGUACAUAUAACACGGAUUUGAAUAAAACUUCCGUGCUUAUAAUGAGGCUAGAAAAACAACGUGCAAGUUUGCUAAUUCAAAAGUGACAAAUUAAGAAAUUAAGUGGAAUAAAGAAAGAUUAUUGCCGAUAUAGUCAAUGCAUCUUUAUGUUCCAGAUGAUUCGUUUUUAACAACCAAUAAAAACAUUCAUAAUUAUGUGUGUGUAAUUUAGCACUGAAGUGUUUAUAUUCAUUUAAAAAGUUAAAACAUAUAUGACAAUUUUCUUGAUUUUUACAUCACAGCGCUUUAAUCAUUCGAUUUGGGUUCGACUAACUUAUAUUUAAUAUAUUCGGAACACCUUGCUGAUUAUAAAUAAUCCUUAUAAUUAUCCGAAGUUCAGCGGAAAAGUGCCGGAACGUUGGCUGACAUGUAUUUGAAUGAACUGUAUUGUUAUGCUAUCAUGUUAAAUAUGAUUUAAUCAAAAUUAAAAUUUUAAUGAGA